CUCCUCGCACUUGCGCCCGCGAAUACCAAAUUGAAGUAUUGAUUUGUUUACAAGUAGCAGUGCACGGGAUUUCUCGAGUAUCUUGCACUAUAGCUAUAUCCUACAGCCUUGUCAGAUGUGGAGAUAAUAUCCCGCUUAAUUACUGCCUUCCGUGUCAGACUUUAUCAGUGGUCGGUGCCAGCUGUGAGCCUUCCGCGAGUCCGUUGCUAAAAGCUAAUUACAACAGUUUGGGGCGAGUUGUUUUAUCGAUCACUCGCCCUUCCGUGCCCCGCUCCAGUGGUGUUCUCCAACCCGCUACCAGACUUGAUAAGGAUCUGAGAAUGUGCGACGAAAUGAUGUAUGUGUAUGUGAACGGUUUUAUUCACGAAUUGGGUCAUCGAUGAGUUUCUCUCGGCGGGCGGCGGCGGGCGCACGCGGGCUAUUCGCGCGGGACACUCGAUAAUGAUUGUUUAUUUAUUCGAGGUGUAGUUCCGUCUCCCAGGCAAUGGAAAGUGCAGUGCUUGUGUUUUGAGGGCUAUCAGAAAACAGUAGUCAUGUAUGGGAUGUUGUUUGUUGGCUCACUGGCGGGUAACAAGGUGGAAUGGAUAGCGGCAGGCUGGAGGCGGCCCCUUCCGGGGCGGUACACUUGGACACAGUGAGGGCCCUGCACCAGACUGUAGUCUCACUUAGAACUGCACUUGAGGUCUCCAAGAAUGAACUGAAACAGUUGAAGGAAAAGUAUGAGCAGCACUCUCAUUGCUUAGAAUAUGCAGAUGUUAUAGAAAAAUUGACUUUAGAGAACCACAUUUUGAGGCGGAGGAUUAUAGAAUCUGAUUAUCAAGAAAAGGACCCUGAUGCACAGAACAUAAAGUUGGAAGUUACUUACAGCCCUAAUACACACAAUAUUGAAGAGUUCACUAGUAGUGAAGUGGUGAUAGCGACUGCUACAGACAGGAACAGCACUAUAGAUGAGCUAGAGCCUAUUCCCCAGGAAUCUGAUGAGAACAGUAACUUCUGUUCGGCUGAGAAGUUGAAUGAGAUCCCAGAGGAUGUAGAGGAAUUUUCUGAAGCCCCGGAAUCUCCUGCAUUCAAUGAGUCUGCAGAGUCAGUUCCCCCUGAUGAUGCAAAUAACAACACAGAAUUAGGAGAAAUCUCUCAGGUCUCAAGUUUGCCUAAGGAAACGGAGGAGCCUGAAGAACUCCACCAACCAAGUUUCAAGACUAAGCUUGAACUACUAUCAAAGUUUGAUGUGCGAAUAAAAGUGCGGACUUUGAAAGAAGGUACAAUUGUUUCUAGUACCACAUCGGAAAGUGAUUCUUCUGAAGACCGAAGAGGUUUUGAGAAGGAUUCGGUGUUUACUGGACAACGGUUUCAAGAGAAAGAGGGUCAGGUUGACAAUAAGACGGUGAAUAUAAAGUCUGUUACUACAGACAACGUCAGGAUGGCUGUCCCGAAUGAAGCGGAUGUUAAAAGCAAGUCGGACAAGUUUGAUGUCCAAGUGAGGAUCACCUCGGAGGAGAACCUGGUUGUGAAGGAGAAUAUUGAGAGGAGCAGACGGAAGGACACACUCAACUUGGAUGUUGAUGAUCUGAGUCUUAGAUCGUUGUCUGAAGGCGACAACUCAGUGUUCUCUGAAGGGGGCACGACUCCCAUAGACCCUAAUGCUGCAGCAGCCAAUGAAGAGAAACAAGAAGAUAAUGCAAGUGGCAACGAAUCGGAAGAAGUUGACGAUAUAGAACUUAUAUUUACUACAGACGAGUCGAAGGAUAUGAGUAAUUUGCAGGAGGACCUCGUCUCCAUUCGUGAGGGCGACCAAUGGGCUCCUCAAUCCGCGUCAACAGCGCACUCCACACCAGUUCUCAUAAAGUUCCACACGUUAGACCCUGACUUCCAACCAGGACAGGAGACUAAAACCACACCAACAGAGAACCAGGAGAACAAUGAAAGACCGAUAGAAGUCUCCAAACAGAAGAGGGUCUCGCUCCCAAAUGAUAAGGAGAUCAGGCACGUCGCCUUCAAUGGGAAGGGAAGCUUAGAUCUCCCCGGCCGUAGCAUCCUGAAGAGUUGUGACAACAGAUCGGAUAAUAUGCUGUACAGAAAGAGCCCUAACGCGAGUUCUAGGAGGCUGGACAGUAUUGACAGUCUGACUUGCGAGUACAACAGGGGCCUAAGUUUUGAUAACACGAAGUCUUCCAGCUUCGAACUUGGAUCCAGUAUGGACAUCCUACAUAGGGAGGAGAGUGUGGAUAGUUUCCACAGGAACAUUAAUUUAGGACAUCGGUAUUCCGUGUUUGCGGAGACUGAUAUCUCCAAGUGUGGUACGUCGGAAGAUGACUUAGCUGCUAACUUGAAUGUCAGGAGGAAUACUUGCCCUAAUCCGUUUCAGUAUAGGCCCUCAAACUUCCGAGGCGUGUCCCGGCCUCCCGGUCCGUUCAAGGCUGGCACGGCUCGGCUCCGACCCGUGUUACGCGACGGAGCGCAUCCUCGCCGGGAGAGCGGCGCACAAACCGACGUGUGCGCGUUACCACCUCGAUGGAGCUCCGAUGGAUAUCUUGCGCAUAAGUUGCCAGUGCCAACAACGAACGUGCCGACAGUCCCGUCCCGCGCCGCGCCCACGACGCGCCGCCUGACGGUACCGGACGCGCGCCCGCCGCCGCCCGUACGCCGCACGGACGAGACGCGACGAGUGCUGCUCAGUGAUAUUGGGUUCACAUCGAUGGUCCCCGAGUUGUCUCGUUCAGCGGACCCGGUGUGGGCGCUGGGCAAGCGACAGUCCCACCCUGACGACUCUACCACCACCUCUACUUCCAAAUUCCUGUCUCGCGGCUCGUCGUACCGCUCGCCGUGCCUCAGCAUAGACAGGAGCAACGACUGGACGCCGCAGAAUGUCUACUUACCGUCAUCUAGAGAUUCUAGCCGUCCCUGGCGCAGCUCCUUGCCAGACGUGCGCCGUGAUGAUACGGAUGAACUGCUGGAAGAAGCUGAAAUGUUCGUGAGGCGAUCUAUUGACAAUCUACAGGCGCCAUCUGUUGACUUGGAGAAAUCAAUUGGCGUGACGGGCCAGCCGUACAUCCCGUCGGAGCCCCGACAGCUGAGACUCGGACACACGGUGAAGGUGAUCACACCGCACGGACGUAUCGCGGUGGGACGCGUCAGAUACGUGGGCCUGGCGGGCGCCAGUACCGCGACGAGCUCGGUGGUGGUGGGCGCGGAGCUGGUGCACGGGCUGCAGCCCGGCCUGCCGAGGAACGACGGCCUCUACCGCGGACGCAGGUACUUCCUCACGCCUCCCCUGCACACCGCGCUCUUCGUACCAUUCUCCAAGGUCGUCAUGGCAUGGGCUAACUAACUCAUUAACGGUAAUCACUCCAUUAUUGACUUUAACACUGUUUUAAUAAGACUUAUAAUCAUAGGCGUAGCCAGAUUUUAGUUUCCAAUGUGUGACCAAAAAAAAAUAACCUCCAUACGUGAAAAAAAUAAACAAUUUAUGUAAUAUGUAAUAAACAGAUUCAUAGGUAGUCAUAGAGACCUUUGCCAAACGGGGAUGUACUAUGCUAACUGGAAAAAUAACGAUCUGUUAUGUCUAGGUACGUUUUUUUUCAGGGGGGGGGGGGUUGAACCCCCAAAACCCCACCUGGCUACGCCUAUGACUCCAUUAUUGACUUUAUCACACUUUUAAUAAGACUUAUAAUUGUAUGCAGUGGUUUUUGAGCUGUGAUUGUGGUCUAAAAUGCUGCAUAUAGUUGUGAGUUAAAGUUUUGUCCAUAUGUCGUUAUAAUAUUGGAUGUUGUAAGAUUUUUUCGUACGGGAUUGGUAAUAUAAUUAUGUCAAGUCAAUUUGUAUCUCAAAGCAGGAGAAGGAACGGGGUGGUUUUUAGUCAGUAAGUCAAUUUGUAUGAUUAUAUGUCUAAAUAUUUUUGCGAUAUAUGGACUUAAUGACCGUGGUAGUGAUAAAACCUUAAUCCAGAUUCUGACAAAAUUAAAAUAUAAGUAAAUAUAAUACGACAUUUAUGCCCGAAUACUCAAACGCUACUCAAUUUUAAGACGCUCUCAAGUGUAGUUCUAUCUCUAAUAAUUCUUUAUAAAAUGACAGAGAUAGCACUAUAUUUAAGUACAACUUAAAAUUGAGUAGUAUUUGAGUAUUUGGGCGUUAAUUCGUGAAAAAUGGACUAGUAUGGAAAUAUUGAUAUUGGUAAAGGUGCGAUGAUGAUAAUUGAAAUGAUAGUUUUAACGCUUAGCUUUGAUGAUGGAAUUUAAAAAAGGUUAAAAGCUGUUGCGCUAUUUAUUGUACGAAUGGUUAAAGUAUUGAAAUUAGUAAAGAUAACCCCAGAAGGUGACGAAAUAAUAAUAUAAUAGGGAAAAAUAUUUAUUAUUAUUAUUAAAAUAUAAUAUAGGUACUAUUAUAGCUUACUGGAUUCGCAUUUAUACUUGGUAAUAAGAAUUAUUAAAGUCGUAUUAAAACUCGAAACAACAAUUAUGGAAAAUUCUAGUAUAUUAUAAUUAUAUAUAUAAUUAUAAGUAUAUUGAUAUACUUUCGAAAUAAAUACAAAAGAACAAGUAUUAUUCAUUCAGAUGUAAUUAAAAUGAAAUUAGAAAUAAUCAUAGUGAAGAUCUGUCAAAUUUUUUAUAUAAAUAAGAUUCGUGUAACAUAUACGUACGUACUUGUAUAUUUGUGCUUUGCAAUAUAAAUUGAAGGUGAAUCGUGGUAGAUGUUACAUUGUUUUAUCGAUAAAAAUACUUACUUGAAUAAAAGAACAAGGAUUUUAUGAAGGAAAAAGAAAAGAGAGAAUUUUAGUCUAGUAGUAAAAAAGCCAUCAACACGUAGUAAAAUCUACUUAACCUCUGGUAUAAAAGACAUAAUAGAAAACACAUUCACACUAGCUCCAUCUGGUGAAAUUACUUCUUCUUACAAAGUAAAUAAGUGUAUUUAUCGAUUGAACAACGUAAAGUAGUAAUUAAUUAGGCAUUUUUAUUUCAUAUUAGCUCAACAGCUUAAUAGUCAAGCAUUCAGCAUUAAGACAUUUUAAAUGUUUAGUAAAUAAAAUUUGUAUGGAAUUGAGUGUACGCCUAACUAUGCUUAUCUUGAUAUUAUACAUAGUAUGUGUAUAGAACAUAGAAGCACAUAGUGGAAGUUAGAUAUACAAUGUACAAUCGACGCAUUUGAAUCGUGACCUACUUAAAAAAACGCUUCUAAUCGUCAGAACAACAAAGUCAUCAGGAAGUACUGUAGAAUGUCGGUAGCUGAAGCUUACACUGGGUCAUAAUGAAAUUUGUCGAUUGUACAUUAUGUUUCAAUAUUCGUAAUUUAACUAAAAUUGGUACUUUUGCGAGAAUUAGCACUGCCGACUUGUGUGAGAUUAAUUACUAGACGUUUUUACGAAAAUAGAACAUUCUAGAAGUGACUGUCUUACAUUUUUAACAGCUACUCACAAUUUUUCCUAGACAGUCUAUUAUUAAUGUAAAUUGCACCCUAUACCAAAGAACAUAAGACCUAAUUUGGAUUGUGUUCAGUUCAAUAGGCUAGUUAUAUGCAUUUUAUAUGUGUAUUAAUGUAUGCCUAAGAUCAAUGGACGAGAGAAGGAGGUUAGUAUAAGAUUAAUUAUUAUUUUUAAGAAAUAAAUGUUUUUAAUCUGUAAUUACUGGGUCUUGUCGUCAUAUAAUGGGACAGGAAUAAGAAUUAACGUAAUAGUUUACUAUCAUGUAAUCGGUAUUAUUAAAUAAGAAUUUAAUUCAGACAUUUAACUCUCGGUUUUUGAAAGAUUGAUCACAAGUUAGACCAUUGUUGUUAUCGAUACAUCGGUAAAUCGAUAUAUUCAUACCGAUAAAUCGGAUGAUUCGGUUUUGGAAAAGUGGUGACUGGUUAUGUAAACUAUUAAACUUUAGUUGAAGAUUUCUUCAUUGACAAUGGGUUCUUGCUUGUAUGUUAUGUAUUUUCAACAAAGUCUAAGUUAAUCUAAAAUGGUCAGUUUUUCAAAAACCUAGUGUUAGAUGUCAGUGUGUUUAGAGUUCUAUAUCAAGCAUAAAGUAAAGGAAGAAGCUCUGUGUUAAAUAGAAAAUAAACUAUAUUAAUGUUUACUGUAUCUAACCUCCUAAAUUGGUGUUAUAAUAAGUCUGCAGUCAGAUACAGGUCAUAGCUCAGGCCUAAAGAAACUAAAAGAUAUAUUUUAAAGCUUAAUAUAUUCUUAGGUAUUCCAGAAUAACCAGUUAAUCUCAAAAUAAAAUACUUUUAUAAGACUUAGAGGACAUAAUGCUUCACUAACGCCAUCUCUUGAGCGCAAAACGAACUUAUCUGGCUCUAUAAAAUUCCUACGAAUAUGAACCGUAUCUGACUGCAGUAUAAGGUGUUAUUUCUCUUGCCUUCAUAUUUCUAUUAAUAAUAUAAAGGUAAUAGAGGUGUAAUAGUCGUAUUAUUAAUUUAUUUAAAUAGUAAUAAUAGUGAAAUGGGUAGAUAAUUGUGUUAAUUGUGUAGAUACACGUGAUCUAGCGGCGAAGUACUUCAUAUUUGUAGUAAGCCUCGGAUUCUGGACAACAUGUUUUACAACGUGUCACGCAACGUGUUACUGUUACUUGUUGCAGCAACAUUACAUACAAAGCACAUACAAACUUGCAACGUUACACGUUACGAAAAAGUUUAAAUAAAAAGGUCCUCUAUCUGAUGGUUUAACCUAGUUUUAUAUUAACUAGGCAGGGUGGAAAUUAAUGAGCAGUCGAUGUGUAACGUUGCAAGUUACAGGCACUACUUACUAGUCAGUAUCAAACAACACGCAACAUGUAACAAGACACGUUGCAACAUGUUGAAGCGAUCUACAGCGAAUACGAGGCUUUAGUGAAUAAUUAAUUAUCGUGUAUGGCUAAUUGCUCAUACUUCUACAAUGGUGCUCUCUUACUUUCGUCUUUUCUAUACAGGCUGUUGUUAUUUUUUUAUCAGUUUUUCGAAACACUCUGUCUAUGCUUGCUUCCUUUAAACUUUAUUGCGGAGUUGUAUGAGUCUCCAUCUUAACAGUCGAAUUGUUUAACGCAUAUUUUAUAUAUCAUAAAUACUUAUUUUUCUAUACUCGUCUACAAUUUUAUACUGUACCAAGGGAUCGAAGGCUACCGCGGUCUGUAUCUGGGAUUUUAUUUGAAUACUUUGGAUGUACUGUCGAGGAAGAACGUAAACUCAUUCAUAUAAGUCUUAUACUUUGAUAUUGUAACAUCAGUCAUACGCGAAAUUAAAUUUCGAUGUUGCUAAUAUAAAACAAAAGAAAUUACUUGCGUUCCCUUUUUAAAGAAAUAUUUUUUCCAAUACAAAUCCCAAACAAAACAAGGAAGGGAUAUAUAGAAUAGAAUCAGGCGUUACUUUUCUUUAAUUGUGAGCGGGAGGGUGCUGUACACCAUAUGUUGAAAAUACAUCUACAAGCGGAAUGAAAACGAAAAAUUCAUUGUAUUGUUAGUAUGACAAGGAAAGGAGUUUAAAAACAUUGAAAGAUUUUUGCGUACUUCCUAGUCAGUACAGGGCCAGUUAUUGCAUAUCAAAACAAAAUAAUAAAAUAAAUAAAUCGUAGUGAAAUAUUUUCCUAUCUCUGCUACAAAUGUCUUUGAAAAUUUUUGAUGUUAGACAAAGCUUAGCUUAGCCGUUUCGAAUGUGUAUUGAUGUAUAGUGUAACAUAAAUGUAUUUAUAAGAUUAACUUCUAUACUUUGUGUUGUGUUUGAGAACUAAAUCAAAUAGCUAAAAUGCUAAAACCAUUACUUUUAAUUAGUAAUGAAAAACGACAUCCCAUUUUGACCAAGAUUACUAAUGAGGUCCAAUUACCCCAAUCUACCCAAUCCCCGAUUCUCCAACAACCCUUAAAUUCCUAACCCCCAAAAGGCCAGCAAAGCACUUGUAACAUCUCUGGUGUUUCGGAUGUCCAUGGGUGGCGGCGAUUGCUUACCAUCAGAUGAUCCGUCUGCUCGUUUACCGGCUUAUACCAUAAAAAAUCUAAUAUAGCAACAUUUGAUUUUAAACCUUUCUCUAGGUAUGAAACUUAAAAAAUCAGACCUUUAUGCAAAUCUAAUAUGUAUCUAAUAUAAAAUAGUAUCUCAAGCACAACAUAAAGUAAAUAGCUUUAUACCAAAAAUAUAUUUCUCUACUUAUCUUUAAACGCGAACAAGCGUUAAACCUGUAAUUACCUUCUAAUCUAACGUUACACUGCUUGAUACAGCAACAUGUUACGCUGCUUCAUCUAAAGCACGUAGCGCAACACUCAUUUAAAAUAAUGUUCUAGUAAUUUGGCCUAAGUAGAAUUUACUUCAGCAUUUUACCAACUAGUUAUCAUUAACAUACAUUUGAAAGAUUUUGGUAGGGAAGCAAAGAUAUGUGAUUGUCUAACAGUGUCUUAUUAUGUAUGGUUAGGAUACGGUUAGCGCAACGGAUUUGUUUGAAGAGAUUAAUUUAAAAUAUUUCACACAUCAUUAUAGAAAGAAAAAGUGCUUAGUUUAAAGAUAUCCCGUUAGCGCAAUGAGUUUUGCGCAUAGUUGUGCACUUGCGCAACCAAUAGAAACUAAUUUGCGCAAAUGUUGACAGUGACAGUGAUGAAAUAUUUUUAGAUUCUGUGUAAAAUAUUUUCUAACUAAUCUCUUAACGUCUAGAAAGGUCUAUACAGCUCAAACGUACAAAAUAUACCUAAGGUUUGAUCUCAAAUAUUUUAUUUUUAUUUAUUUCUUUAGCAAAGUAAGCAUCAACUGUGAUUUUUAAUUUAUUUGGUCUGAGUUUGUCAGUAUUAUUCUUAUUAAUAUUCUGUUUCUUUUUGUAAUUAAAUUCCAAAAAAUGCCUGUGAAUUUCAGCGGCUUAGUAAUACGGGCUAACUUUACGCAUUUUUUAUAGAAAUAUAGAUUUGUUUGGUUUGAAAAAUUGGUAGUGAAAGGCUUAGGAAAGAUAUUGAAAGGCAAGUAUGUAAAUUAAGCAAAAAAACAUUGAUUCACGAAAAUCUUUAUAAUAAUAUGUAAAGAUGGCCAUAAAUCGGCUUACAGAGGAAAAAUAGUGUUCAUCAAAAUGUGCCAAACAAUGGCUAAAUGUCAAGAGUGUAUUAUAGCAUCUGUCUGUACAAAUCGCCUUUGCCUAAUUAUUAAAAAAAACAUGGUCAUAAAGCUCAUCAUUUUUAAUCUGUGCCGAAAUUCUGUCAUGGCAAUACAGCGGUCUAAAAAUGUUGCAAUAUGAAAAAAAUAUUUAAAUCUAUGUCCUAACUACAAAUGAUUCUUCUUGCCUAUCUUUAUGUACAACUUAUGUACAACUCUGUUUGUAUAUGUGUAUACCUGUUAUGUAUAGGUAGUCUGUCAUAUAUGUAAGUAGAAUCUUAGAUCGAAACACCCCUAUCUAUGCUGUUGAUGAGAUCAAAAGAAAUCUAUUUUAAAUAUCAUUGUACGAGAUUAUAUGUUAAGUGUAAGAAAUAAAAGUAUUAAAAAUA